AAGUUUGUUCGUGCUCUAGCAGUUCAGCGUCUGGGAUUUUCUUCCUAUCUACCUAUACACGCAUUUCCCCUGAAGUGCUUCAAGUUCUCACGAUACUCACAUAACCACCUAUUCCAUUCUCUUCAAGUUUUCCCUCCUGUUUCCAUCCCAUCCCGGACUCCUUGGAGCCACGUGCUUCCUCACCGUCACCCCUUGCUUGCAUAACAAACAAACACAGCUAUGAAUUCUGACCGGGAACCAUUGAGUCCUCCUACAUCGCCGGCCGCUGAAGAAGAUGAGGGCGAGAUCUAUGACAGCAAUUAUGACGAAGAGGGGCUAUUGACUCCCAUGGAUGGCUCCGAUGGUAGGGGAGGGGAUGAAUCUGGUGGUGACGAGGGAUACGAUGACGAUGGGGCACGUACUCAAAGUGUACCUUCCUCACCUCCAACUUCUGUCGAGACGCCUAGCAAGAAUGGCGAUCAUACGCCCUCCGUACAAGUUUCAAGCCCAGCAGAUGGCACCGAAAAUUAUCGAGCCCCCGAAGUGGAGACAGAGGAUGAAGACGGGAACGAAAGUCGCCGGGACUACUUCCCCGAGGGAGAGCGGUACGCAGCCAGUGAAGAUACCUUUGUUCACAAGGGCAAAGCCUGGGAAUCCUCUUCUCAAUGGGAGGAUUAUGAAGGCGAGGCCUUGCCAACUUCUUCACCACCACCCAAUGUUCGACAAUCACCGGCUUCAUCCCGAAAGUCUGCCCCUCCUCUUUCAUCGCCCCUCUUUCCCUCACGUGCUCGCCAGAGUCAGGGCUCCGUCUCCGUCAAAUCUACUCUUAGUCAUCGGCUGUAUACUCGACCAUCGCCUGCAUCAAGAGCGUCUUCAGGAUCCUACGACCCUCGGGAGCUCGAGAGAAAGGCACCUCUUGUUCUUCUGCACAUCACGUUGCUUCUACUCCCCGGGGCCGAGGAUGUUGUCCUUCAACAUAUCACCCCAACCACUUUUGAGCGUGGAUUAUUAGUGGAACAUCCUCGAGGUGAUUACAACCUAUUGGAAGAAAUGAUUUUGGAUGGCCUAGGUCUGGAUGACGAUGAUUACCCUGUAGAAGAGACUACUUCUAAGGCGGAAGAGGAGGAUUCAAGCUGGGAGAAGGCCUUGAACGUUCCUUCGACCCCCGGAAAGAAGCCAUGGCAGCUACGGGUUUAUGCUUCCAAUGGCCUCAUGACUCCCGGUGCGUGGAAGAGAGUUUGGUCAGAAAUGGAGAGGAUUGAUGUCGAGAUCUGGCCUCGCGGUUUCGACCGAACAAAUAAGUGGGGGGUUGGUCUUUCUUCUCCUUCAUCUACCAUCGCUACGGCCAUGGCCCGUGGUGGCAGUCUCAACGGUAAAUCUGCUUCAGUUACCGCUCCCAUCCCUCUUGAACUCGGGUCAUCGAUUGUUGCGACGGACUUCAAUGAUAUUGAGGGUGAUUGCAACGGCUUGUUAGCCAACCGAAACACCCGUCGUGGAACCCACUCGAGCAAUGGUGGUGGUACGUCAGACCGAAAGAAAAGCAACCACAGUCACAAUAACAGCAACAGUAGUAGUGGAAUCCUUAGACGUCUAUCCCAACCGGAUGCGCCCGUGUCACCCACUGCUAAGUUUUCGAUGCCGAAGUCUUCUAGGAAGAGCAGGCGCCGUGCUCCGCCCCGUCUUCCCUUAAUGGACCACUUUUCAGUCGAAAAUGCCAAAUUUUACUUUGAUAAGCUUACAAACCCCAAAGCUGUAAAGAUCCUUGCAGGCAUCAAUCUUUUAUUAUUCCUGUAUUUCACCUUGUUCAAAUCCUUCGUUGGUGUCGCGACAAAUUCCGUUUCAGUCAACUGGUUUAAUCACCGCGAGAUUGAUCCGACUUGCUCUACCGAGGACGACGCUGUUCGGGUUGCCGAAGUCGAUACGGAUGAACCGAGAUCGGAGGUUGACAUUGAGAUCCCGGAAGGUGUUGAGGAUGAGAACAAACAAGGCGAUGAUGAUGAGGGCAUAUUCGACCUGGAUAGUCUAAACUUCUUGGAAGAGGAGAAUGAUGACGAUUUAUUGCCUAUUCUCGACGAUUUAACCCUCCAAAACCUAAUCGACGACGAGGCCGAGGGUUCAGGAGACCCAGCUUCGGAUGAGGGUUCAGUACCAGACCUCUCAACUCUCAUAGGUGACAAAGUGCCCGGGGGAAAUGAUGCACACUCUGCCGCGGAGGGCGACGGCCCGGCCACAGACCCUGAAUCGUCCCAGAUCUCCUUGGGAGAUGACGAGGCGGAAGAAAAGCCAUCAUCGUUCCCUUGGAGUCGUUGGGGAGAUGGACUUAAGGACAAGUUGACAUUCUAG